GCUAUCAAAGGCUUCUCUUCCGUCUGGAGGUCAGAUUAGGGAGAGGAUGAUUCUUACCAGAAUUUUCUUGGUCAUUUUGACCCUGGAUAGCGCAUAUCUUACUAUCAUUGUAAAUCCAUCACCAGUUGCAAAUGUGACAUAUGGAAAACCGCUGUUCUUCAGUUGUACAUUUUCACCACAAUGGAUAUCCUCAAGUCUUAAUAUUCUUGGUGAAACAGGCUUCAAAUUUGCUAUAUUUAAUGGAGGACCAUGUUCAGUUCCCUCUGAAAAGCAGACUUAUUACAGCGUAGACUGUCAUGGAGACACAAUUACUUACGGUGUACUGCAACCUAAAGACGGCCAAAUAUGGCGCUGCACUUCCAGUGAUUCCGCAAAAGUCAAAGAACAUGGCAACAUAACAGUCAGUCUGCAACCAGAUCCACCCGUUAUAGCGAUACAGAACAGUGCCUACAGAAUCAGAGAGGGUUCUAACUUUUCAACCCCGUGCACAUUCAGCGGUGCACCCAUCUUUAAUGCCACAUGGGAACACAGCACUGGUGUAACACACUGGUCAAAUAAAAACCAACCACUGAUAUUAAGUUUCAACAAUAUCUCUAGAUCAGCUUCAGGAAAUUAUACCUGUAACGUCACUGUUAUCUUUAAGGGAAACUACACCGCCACGAAAACAAUCAGCCUGGUCGUGGAGUAUCCACCCACACUGAAAGCAAGCAAUGACACCACCACGAAUGAAGGAGCGAGUGUUGUAACGUUUACCUGCGAGAUCUCUGAGGAUGGACUUCCCAGAAACUACAGUGAACUAUAUUGGCAACACUGGAUAGGAAAAAAGAUGAUUAGAGAACUACAUUCCGACAACUCUUUGAACCCCUCCAGCACAAGAUAUACUUUGUCCUUAACAUCGGUUACCUAUAAUGACUCCGGAAGCUAUGUAUGUUUGUUGGGAAAUGGUAUUGCUAAUUUGAAAGGAGAAAUAAAUCAGACUGCAAUGGUAGAUCUGGUUGUACAAGCGAAACCAAGGAUCCUCCAUUCAAAACCUGAAUAUCAUUGUAAAGUUGGAAAGAAUUGUAGUUUACAAUUUGAAAUUAUUGGACAUCCAGCUGUUCAUUCUUCAAUUAUUGUCAAAGAGGGAGAAGCUACUCAUCAGUUUAGAAAAGAAGAUACAAAACGCUCAGUUGCUGUCGACAUUUAUGACACAGAAGUCAAUAUGGAUGGGACUGUGGUGGAAAUGGAUUUUGAUAAAAUAAAGAAUAGGUUCAGAACAACCUACCAGUUAAUUGCUGAAAAUUCCAUGGGAAGAGCCACACACACAUUCUUGAUUGAGGGACACGAAUUUCCAAGUGAACCUUUCCAUAUUCAUUUCAAAGAAUUUGAAUCCUCUGCUCUUCUAGAGUGGUCCGCUCUUACUCCAGAUUUGGACAUGACAUACGAAGUUAUUUUUAAAAAGUCCUCUAGGGAAUUUGAUGUUGAACGCAUUGAAGGAAAUAAUUCUAGGAUGUAUGAACACAAAUUGACAGAUUUGGAUUCAAAUUCUAUUUACAUUCUUCAGUUAUGUACAACAAACGCCAUUGGUAAAAACUGUAGUUCAACAUUUAAAAUUAAAAUGGGUGAACAGCAAUCAAUGUCCUCAAAAGUUUUAGCCAAUGAAAUGUCGAUGUCAGAGACUACCUUGAUUGUCAUCGUUAUCAUUGGCGCUAUCGGGCUCCUAUCCAUCCUUGUUUUUAUUCUGAUUGUCAGAAAACGAAAAUUGAAAAAUAGAAGCUCAAGUCUUCUUUCCCUUGAAAGGUAUAAUGAGUCAGAGGGGAGAAAUAGCUAUUCUACACAAAAGAUGACCAAUGACCUAGACGCAUCAGGAAGUAACGGUGAUAGUUUGACCCGUUCUCCUGAAACCUAUCUGACGCCACAAUGGAUGACCGAAUCGUCUUUACGUCAAAUGAGAUCAGAGGGGAAUGAGUAUGCGAGUGUCGAUGAUCCUGCUAUCCUGAAACUGAACUCGCAGCGAAAGAAAGGUACAAAUAACGGAAAAUUCCAGUUAAAUGGUGGGUUCAUUACGAGUCCAGAACUCCCACGUCGAUCUUUUAACAACGUUGAUCCUCGAAGUGAUUACUUGACGAUGGACACUGAUUCAGAGGGUGCUUUUAAAUCACAAACAUCUCAAAGUGUGCAGAAUAAAAUAUACCAAAAACCUGUUGGCGAAGGUUUCGAAUUUACCCAGUACUUGACCAUGGGGGAGAAUGAGCAAGUAAACAUGGAAGUUCAGAGUGGUGGUUACAGUGAAGUGAACUAUCGGAAAAAGUCCGUACCAAAGUGAUGUCGCUUCUGGUUUUACAUGUACGUUAGUGAAAUAGUUCUGUCUUUUUGGCUAAUUAAAUUGUAGACUGCGUAGAAAAUAAAUAUGCCAACAAAACAUUUUUUGUUUGUGUACAGCAAGUUUAUUUUCACAUUAUGUCGUCUUAUAAUCCAUAAUUGAUGACAACAUCGACAGAGACUGAACUUUUCGUUUAAAAAGAAGUUUAGAUACCAGUUAUUUAAAAUACGUAUAGAAAAUUCCAAUCUUUGAAAGAUGGGGAAAAUUGCAUUUAUUUAUGUAAAAAAAAAAUGUUUACAUUGGAGCCUUGCUAUUUACAAAAUGUACUUAACGUCUUUUAAAGAUGAAAAUGUAAAACAACAUGCAAUGCUGUGUUAAUAUGAAAACAGAUACAGCAAUAUAAUAUAUGCUCUACCAUCAGAUAUAAAAUUACAAUGUAUGAUGUAAAUAUUAAUAAUGAUAACAUGUGAAGUUGUGAAGUUAUUUUUUUUUAAAGCGUGUCUGUAUUUCUUUUUAUAAACUUUAUUCUAAUGUAGUUUCUCCUUUUUUGAAAA